UGUUGCCAUGGAUACGCCUAAACCAAAAGUUGUGAUUUAUUUACAGACUGCCUGUCUCUCUGUGUCGCUCGGUUGCAAGCUUGUUUAUCGGGUCGAGGCAAACUUUGCCACACUAUGUCCUUCUUCGGUUUAACACACCUGGGUUAUCAAAACCCAAUAGGCGAUAAAAUGAUAGUGAAUCCCAGGGGAGCGUCUCAUCCUCAGGAUGGUGGGAUUAACAUCAGAGCAGGGCUGCCUCCAUCUCUUCAAGAACAACAGGGAGCCCUCAGAUGUACAGACACAUGCAACGUUUACCACCAGCCUCUUCCCUACAGCACUGACAUACACCAUGGGAGCCAUGAGCGAUAUAAAGAGAUGGUCAAACGGGUUCAAACACCCAGAUCCCCUAACCAGCUGUACAUGAUGCCUCUAACGGACAGCCAGCAGUAUGGAUGGAUGAUGUCCAAGAGCCCUGAACCAUGGACCCAAGUCAAACGGUUUCCCCGAAAGAAUAGUGACAUGACAAAGUUUGUUAAAGAAAUGUCAGCGACAGACCGGGAUUUCAGCCUGUUCUGACAGCCCUCUCCAUUUCCAUUUUUUUUUCUUCUUCAAUUAGUACACACACACACAUACACACACCAGAAGCAGCAUCAGUUUCAAUGUGAAUUUCUGAGAUUAAACUGAUAACAGAUCCA